GAUGGAAGAGACGGUGCGGUCGCUGCUGCAGAAUCAGGGCGUCCUGGAGCAGACUGCUGUGGACACAGUGGACAUCAUGAAGGCCUACAAGGAUAAACUCUCCGAGGAAGUGCAGAAGCAGCACGACGGCCCCGGAGAGAACGGAUCCCCGCCGGCGUCUCAAGCCGAGCCGGACCUCAGGCUGCCGCAGAAUGCCGAUCCUGAUGCCAGCCAAGCAGAAGAGGACAAAGACAAAACCAAGCUCCUUCUGGAGCGUCUCAAGGCCCUGGAGGAGCAGAACUCGACGCUGGCCUCGGAGAACGAAAGCCAGAGGGAACAGUACGAGCGCUGUCUGGAUGAGGUGGCGAAUCAAGUUGUGCAGGCGCUUCUCACCCAGAAGGAUCUGAGGGAGGAGUGUCUGAAGCUGCGGACCAGAGUCUUCGACCUCGAGCAGCAGAAUCGGGCGCUGGGUAUUUUGUUCCAGCAGCGGAUAAAACCGGCCUCCGACCUGCUCCUCCAG